GAACGAAAAACACGCCCCUCGCACGCGAUACACGAGGCAGGUUUGGGGGCUGGGGGAAAAACACAAAGGGGAUGCCGAGAUUAGAGCGUUGAAGGAAAGGGUGCGAUGAAGGGCAUGUUGUAUUUAUUGUAUCUUUGCACGAAUGGCCUCCUCCGUCUCGUUAUUACUUAUAAUCAGAACAUCAGCAUCAUGGACGACGGUGGCUUCCCGUUCAAGUUAGCAAUUCCGCGCUUCCUCGUAUCUCAUCUUCCAAGCUUCCAAGCUGUCAAACUAUCAAGCAUCAACUUCCAAGAUACAAGCUAUAAGCUUCUAGUGGGCAUCAUGACACGCAUCAUGCGUCUAGUGCCCACUCGCCCAUUGCCCAACCUCGCAAUGAGUCAUGCGAAAUGAGGAACAAGGAACAAGAAACCAGUCCUAACCGGAUUCAAUCUCUCGAAGCGAAUUAGCAAACCACUGGAUCUCGGCGUUGGGUUGUUGGUCGUGCUCGGC